AUGUCUACAAGUUCUAGUUGUAAAGACGACGACGCUAAUCAUGAUGAUUCUUCUCUUCGGGUCAAGGAUUCGUUGUCGAAUGAUAAAGAAAAAAGACCAGUCGAACAACAGGUGUCGUCUAUACAUGCUGCUCAUGUAACUGAUGUUUACCAAGUACCCUUUAAUGUUAUAAUACGUCCUAUUCCAUCAGUAUUGGAUGAAACCAAAGUGGAAUCCCUAAUGGAAACCAUUCAGAAUAAAGAAGCAAAACACUUGGUGCCUCCUAUAGAUGUCAUGUGGAUUACAGGAUCUCAAGGAGGCGACUAUUAUUUUUCAUUUGGUGGCUGCCACAGAUUUGAAGCUUACAAAAGACUUCAAGCUGAAACAAUUCCGUGUCUUUAUCACCUUAUUCGGCCUUUGGAUGCCAGAGCACUUGAGGAAUCUCUAAGUAAGCAGCUAAAAGCCUUUACGGCCAAACUCAAAUGGCAAAUGGGUGCAGCCAUUUCACUUCUCAUGGACCUCAGCUACCAGUUCCUUAUACUGAAGCAGCUUUCUUUUAUGAGUCUCUUCAAUCCCUUCCUCCCAAGCCAGUCAGCUGGCCAAGCAGCAGAUGCUUCUUCUUGCUAUCAAUCAACACUAGAUCUAGCUUCAGUCUAG